CCUCUCUCCUCUCAGGAUCAUGAAGGUUUCUGUGGCUGCCCUCUCCAUCCUCAUGGUCAUGGUCUUCAGCUCUCUGGCAUCUUCUGCACCAAUGGGCUCUGACCCUCCCACCUCCUGCUGCUUCUCCUAUGUCAGCCAACAGAUCCACAGAAAAUUUGUGAUAGACUAUUAUGAGACCAGCAGCCUGUGUUCUCAGCCAGCUGUGGUGUUCCAGACCAAAAGAGGCCGUCAGGUGUGUGCCAACCCCAGUGAUGACUGGGUUCAGACCUAUAUGGAGGAAUUGGAGCUGAACUGA